AUGGCGCUCGACGCGUCGGCGGCCGUCGGUCACGAGCACGAAAACUCGUCGUCGCCGCCGCGGGCGUCGAGCGUGGGCGCACAGGCGGCGGCCGUGUCGUCGUCGGCAGGCUCCUCCCCCUCCGCGUCCUCGUCGACCUCCUCGCUCGGCGACGGGGUCGGGCUGCAGACGGUGCCUCUUCAGCGCAGCCGGUCCGCCUCGCCCAAGUGCUUCGGCGCGCUCGGCGGCAAGAAGAAGAAGGCCGCGCCCAAGGGCGACGUGGUUUCGGCAUCGCCGUCCACGGAGAACCGGAAGGGGCACCGACAGCGAAAGAACCGGCGGCCGCCGCCAGCCGGCGAUGCAUCCGUGUCGGGCACCUCCAGCCCCGCUUCCUCAACUGCCCCCUCCUCUGUCGGGGAUCGGCUCGGGUUCAGAACGUCUCAUCAGCCGCCGUGCUUCGUCAGCAAGCUGCCGCGGGGCUCCAAUACCAGCAACGCCCGCGCGCGCUCGCCGGGGAAGCAGGAGGAGACGAAGGGCGGCGGUGUAGGCGGCUAG